UACCAUGCCGACUGUCAGUGUGAAGCGGGAUUUGCUUUUCCAGGCACUGGGAAGGAGUUACACGGAUGAAGAAUUUGAUGAACUCUGCUUUGAGUUUGGCUUGGAGCUUGAUGAAAUUACUUCUGAAAAGGAAAUAAUAAACAAAGAGCAAGGGGAUGGAAAGGCAGAGGGUGCUUCUGAAAUCAUUCUCUAUAAAAUUGAUGUUCCAGCUAACCGAUAUGAUCUCCUUUGUUUGGAAGGUCUAGUCAGAGGUCUUCAAGUAUUUAAAGAGAGAAUAAGGGCCCCACGAUACAAAAGGAUCACACUGCCUACUGGUGAACUCCAAAGACUUUCCAUUAUGGAAGAGACUGCCCAAGUCCGUCCUUUUGCUGUGGCUGCAGUUCUUCGUAACAUAACUUUGACCAAGGACCGCUAUGAUAGUUUAAUUGACCUUCAAGAAAAAUUACAUCAGAACAUAUGCAGGAAAAGAUCAUUAGUAGCAAUUGGAACCCAUGAUUUAGACACUGUUUCAGGCCCAUUUAUAUAUACUGCUAAACCACCAUCUGAAAUUAAAUUCAAACCUUUGAAUCAGGACAAGGAGUAUACUGCCUCUGAGAUCAUGGAUCUGUACAGGACAGAUAGCCAUCUUAGACAUUAUCUGCAUAUUAUUGAAAAUGAACCACUUUAUCCAGUUAUCUAUGAUAGCAACGGUGUUGUCCUUUCCAUGCCACCAAUAAUUAAUGGAGACCAUACAAAAAUAAAUCUCAACACCAGAAAUGUGUUCAUUGAGUGUACAGCUACAGACUUUACCAAAGCAAAAAUUGUCCUUGAUAUCUUAGUCACGAUGUUCAGUGAAUACUGCCAGAAGCCAUUCACUGUUGAAGCAACAGAAGUAACUUAUCCCAAUGGAAAAAGCUACAACUUCCCAGAGCUGGCUUAUCGUCGAGAAAAGAUAAAACCUGACAUAAUGAACAAGAAAAUAGGAAUUAGUGAGACUCCGGCAAGCCUUGCAAAGCUGCUUACCAGGAUGUGUUUGAAGUCUCACGUCAUAGGGAAUGGGAACAAUAUAGAGGUUGAAAUCCCUCCUACAAGAUCUGACAUUAUCCAUGCAUGUGAUAUCAUAGAAGACGCAGCAAUCGCGUAUGGCUAUAAUAACAUUCAGAUGACUAUUCCGAAAACAUACACCAUAGCUAAUCAAUUCCCUCUCAAUAAUCUCACAGAGCUCCUGAGACAAGACUUGGCAGCAGCAGGCUUCACUGAAGCACUCACUUUUGCUCUGUGUUCUCAAGAAGACAUUGCUAACAAAAUGGGGAUCGACAUCUCUGCAACAAAAGCAGUGCAUAUAGCGAAUCCAAAAACAGCAGAAUUUCAGGUGGCACGUACUACCCUCUUGCCUGGUCUCCUGAAAACUAUUGCCAGUAACAGGAAGAUGCCUCUACCUCUGAAACUCUUUGAGAUCUCUGACAUUGUAGUAAAAGAUUCCACCAAAGAUGUAGGUGCAAGAAACCACAGGCAUCUUUGUGCUGUUUACCAUAACAAAAACCCUGGCUUUGAGGUGAUUCAUGGGCUGCUGGAUAGAGUUAUGCAGUUGCUGGAUGUCCCACCAAGCAAAGAGAAUGGAUAUUACAUUAAAGCAACGGAAGACUCUGCUUUUUUCCCUGGGCGCUGUGCUGCGAUUUUUGCUAAAGGACACAACAUUGGGAACCUUGGAGUCCUUCACCCUGAUGUCAUCACCAAGUUUGAGCUCACCAUGCCCUGCUCUGCUCUAGAAAUCACAAUCGAGUCUUUCUUGUGAAUGCCUAACAGCAGCAUCCUUUUUCCGUCCACACCAUUCUGUAACUAGCCUUGUUUCUUGGUAACUUUUAGGAGCGUCUUCCUAUCUUUUAAUGAACUUACACAAAGCUUCUUUGGGGCUCUAAAAAAUCUUCCAUUUUUGCAAUAAGGUCGUCUUCAGUAACAUAAACCUAUAGUCUCUUAAAUAUAGCACCUAGAAUGAUCAGUCUGUUAAUAAAAAUGCUUGAAGCAGGACUUGAGCCCCUAAGUGACUAGCACAAAUGUUGAAGAAACGUGAGCAAAACAAGGAGCUGGGUUGUCACUGGGUGAUUCGGCAUUAGACCUUAGAUCCUGGUUCAACCCUGUCCCCGAACUUACAUUCUAUACUACACUCGAGUUCACCCCUGUAAUUAUCUCGGGGUAUUUUUUGUUUCCACAGUACAUUGAGUUCACCCCAGUUUUGCCUCACACUUGUUCGGGGAUAAAUGGAUGCUGUUAUAACCAGCGAUAAAUGCAAGGUAUUGUGUUGCGAGCUGAACUCUGAUAAAACCAGGGAUGAGAUCCAAGUGCGAAAAGGACCAUUGUAUGACACUGUCAUGUGGUCACCCAAUGGGAAAAGAAGCUAAAGAAAUAAAUUUAUUUAUAGAAAAUGGAGUUACUUCUAACAGUAGUUUAAAUGAGUAUAGAUAGAUCUGUAUGGGGGGGGGGACGACAAAGAAUCAAAAUACAAAUGAAGUUUCUAUUUGCACCUGGGUUAUCCAAAGCUGCUCACGUGCAGGGGCUUAUCUGAGCCUUCCAUCUGUUUUCUUGUUGGAAGGACUAGCCAUGCUUUCCCCCAGAUGCCAAACUCAGCUUGUAUGUGCCUAAGGGAACUCUUUCACUUAUAAUAAUAAUAAUACCUUCUGAUUUAUUGAUCGCUCAAUUCGGCAGAGUUGCUGGC